UUUCGGGGUGAGUCACGCUUGCGCAAGCCGCGUGCACUUAGCGAAGCUAGAACGGCGCGCAACAAUCAUGCGAGCUUCAGUUUUCACCAAGUUCUCGCCGGGGUUGAACGAUCGUCGCUCGGCUCAUCUUUCGACAAUCAUCGUGAGAUUAUUUCGUCCGUGAAAAACGAAAAUUUCAUCUUCGUGUCACGCAUCUUCGAGCCGUGAUCCCACGUGUUAGUCGAUCAGAAACAACGCCAGGAAUUCGUAUGAAAGUUCUUCUCCAUCCACGUGAGAAGCUUCACCCUCUGUACCGCGAUCCCUUGAUCUUCCUACGCGUUUAGAUACAGUGUAUCCAAAGAAGAACCGCUGACUUUUUACAUUUUAUAAAAACGUCUUUUACGAACAUCGAAUAUCGUGACAGUUUCAACAACUUUUUACGUUCGUCUCCACGUUUCGUCAGCGAAGAGAUCGGAAGAUCUAGUCAAAAGCGAACGUUUUGAACUUCUCCGCCUUUUCUUGUCUUGUCUUCUUUUUUUUUCUGCGAUUAGAAUUUCUAUCUAAGAUGGCAGAAAUUUUGCCGUUUUUGUCGCUGUAGAAUCGAACGAAAGACAGAGAACGGUGAUUUUCACAAAUUUGUCGUUUCUUUUCUUUUCGGGAGACUUCUCCUUUUUUUUUUUUUUUAAUUUAAGACUCGAAGAGUUUCGCGAUUUCGUGGUGAAUUUUAACGAAACGACGAAUGAACGAGAGAUGGGGAAAAAUGCGUAGAGAAAACGCGAGUUAAAUUGUCGCGAUUUCUUAAAAGACCGAGUGGUGUACUAUAUGGCAACAUCAACCGUGUCGGGACAUCAUGAACCUGUCAAGGAAAAUUCCACGGAGCUUCUUGAUCGGAUUUCCAUGAAUAGUUGCCCGCCAAGUAGUUUUCCAGACAAUUUUCAAGACUUCUUCGCCGCACUUAACGAAGACUCGGACGAUCUGCCCAGCAUGCUCGAGGAUAAGUUGAUACCCAGAAAACAGGAGGCCUCGAACUCCGAAUCGAAGAGCAGACGAUGGAGCAAAAGGGCGUUUCAGAGGAGAAGCAGCGAGGUGGAGGUUCGUCUGCAUCGCACCUCCUUCACAGGAUCCCAAGGACACUCGAGCGUCGAUGGUCCAAAGUCGCCGACUCCAUCCAGACGUCGUAGCUCUAGCAUAGCGGUAGCCAGGCCGACUCCUGACUUGCACAGGAAACUAGUUGGCCCUUUUUUACACCACAGUAUCAUACAGUUUCUACAAGCAGAGACCGGUCCUUGGGGUCAUUUAUCGCCCUCACCGAGGAGUCCCACAAGAACCCCGGCCAUAAGUCCUGGAACAGCGUCCUCUUCGUCUCACUUGAGUCCAGGCACGAGCCCAGGCGGACCAAGUCCAACCAGUCCAGCUGGUACAGCUGGUUCAGCGUCAGGAUCCCGAGCUCCAGGACCAAAGCAAUAUCGCGGAAGGACCAGCAGUAUGCCGGCGGUUCCACGACACAGACCGAUGCUCGCUGAAACGAAACGCGGUGGCGCCAGCGGGGCCGAUGAGGGAGAAGAAGAUGGAGUGGAAUAUUACAGGCUCAGGUCGUUUUCCAUAACAGCGAAUGGGGUCUAUAACCUCGGCGAUUCGCUGAAGAGCCGACGUAGCAAGAGUAUCAACAGCGUCACAUCCUCUGGCACUAGCUGCAGCAGCACCAGGGAGGCCAGGUUAUUGAGCUCGGCGUCACAGCUUUCAGGCAUGGAAGCAGAGGAAGACACGAGCAACGAACGAGUGGCCACUUAUAAAGUCGGCAUGCUGGGUGCAUCCGGGGUUGGGAAAACCGCCCUCACCGCCCAGUUCACCACCAGCGACUAUAUUUGCGCCUAUGACACUUCCCUGGACGAGGAAUACGGACAGAAAAGUGUUUCCGUGAUGCUCAAUGGCCAAGAAACAGAAUUAGAAAUCAUAGAUCACCCCACGGCGGAGAUGUCGGUGGAAACGUUCUGCUCGACGUACAAUCCGGACGUUUACGUGGUGGUUUACUCGGUGGUGGACAGACGUAGCUUGAAAAUGGCCGAAGAUACGUUGAUGUAUCUAUGGAAGAGCGAUUAUAUGGCUAGUCGUGGCGUGAUUCUCGUCGGCAACAAAGUGGAUCUCGAGAGGAAACGGGAGGUUCCAUCCGUUGUUGGCCGACGUUUGGCGAACAACUGCGGCUGCAAGUUCAUCGAAACGUCGUCAGGGCUUGCCCAUCACGUGGACGAGCUGCUGGUCGGCAUCCUAGCGCAGAUUAAGCUGAAUCCACAACGGGACCGCGACCAGGCAACCAGACGAAGAAGGAGCAAGCAUCGUAGAAGGAUCUUGAAACACCUGUUGGGCUUCAAAAGGAAAACGAAAAGCUGCGAGGACCUGUUCGUCCUCUAACGUUUGCCCGGCUCGAAGUAACGAUUAAGACGAAUACGUGAAAAUUAGGUUUGUCGAUCUUGUCUGAUUCUUCUUUUCUGUGUACGUGAGAAUCGAUAUAUAGGGAUGUAUAAAAAAUGCUGAGAUUAAACCUAAGGAACACGUAGUAGUCGUUAAAAUAAAGAAUAAGGAAAGCAUCGUAUAAAUAGGGCGCGGAUAUUUAUGCGAGCAUAUUUUUAUGAAUAAGAUAAAAGUGUUAUCUAGAUGGACGGUUCAAUUUUAUUUAAUGAACGUUACGAUGUAUUUAUUUGUGCGUGUUUGCUUCUUACGUGGCAUUUUGCGUAUUUCGCCGCCAGCUUUCGAUAUUUUCAAUUCCACGUAAACGCAUAAAAAUCCGCAAUGUACUUGUAAAUAUAGAUACGAAAAUCAUUAUUUCUCGAGACACGCCACAUUUUUCAACCGCAAAUUAUCCUUAUUAAUUUAUAUGCGUUUCCUUCGUAUAUUAUUUUAUCACGCUUUUAUUAUAUUAUCAGACAAUGUUAAUAAUAUGGUAACGUAAUGCGACAUAAGCGUAAUAAUUCAUUUUAUUAUUCGAUACUCAAGUAACAACGAGAGAAAAUCUAAUUAAGUUUUUGAAUAACGUCAAGGGAAUGAAAAUAUGUAAAAAUUUGCCGAUUAAUUUCUGGCCCCUUAACAGAAGCCUCUCGCGCGCCUCUGAAGAAAUGAAACUCGAGAAUAGUAUAAUCCCUCGCACUCUCGAUAUUUUAUUUAUCUUUGCAUACUAAAUGUAUCCUGUGCGUUUUCGCGCUCUUCAAUUUUCCAUGAAUACAUAAACUUACCAUCUAUGAUAAUAAUAAUUUUCGUACCAAUAUUUCUUAAUACCUUCUUUCUUACUGUAACAACAAUAACAACAACAAUAAUAAUAAUAACGAUAACAAUAUCAAUCGCCCAUAGCGACCUUAUCUCAGUAUUUUCUACUCCUAUAUUCUAAUUAUUCUUAAUUUUAUUCGUCGAAACAGAAGGCUCUUGCUUCUCACAUUGCUUGUACAAAAUAUUCAAAGUUGAUUUUUGUCUAAUUUCUUGUAUAUUAAUUUCGCUUGCUCUUUCUCGAUUAUUAACAGUACUUCAGGACGAUAUUCCGUUUGUAAUAUGCAAUCUACGCGCUGAGUACCGUGCACAUUUGUACAAUAUAUGCUGUUUGGUUUCUAGUUCGUAGUUAUUGCACAUCGCAGCAUUUUCCUAAUCCACUGCUGAAAUAUAUCGCCUCUACAGCUUAAGAUAAUUUCACCCCAUCCGUUCGGUGUAAGCCCGGCUACGUCUCCUCUUAUCGUCGUUUUUAUUUUACCGAGUACUAUAUGUUCCAACUUCUGGAUAAUUUGACUCCAACUUCUUUCGACACCCUGCGUAGCAGGAAGAAGCUGAAAUCCGACCGAAAACCGAAUACGAAAUUAACGUAAGCCGUAAGCGUGUAAUAAAACGUUGGAAAAAUACCAGGAGUCUGAGAAAUAUCGUUUAUCGAGAAGAGAAAGCAGAUUGCGGAGAAAUAUUUUCCUUGGAACCACGUGCAACGGUAUUUCAGAUCUUUUUUAAUGGGAUUCAGUUUGCACCAUUCCGAUCGGGCUUGAAUAAAUCGAAAUCGAUUUGAACGAAAUUGAACUGGCAGAGAGAACAUCCCCGAGGAAACACAGAUCUGGGAAUGAGAUCGACGAAAAAAAGUAUAAUGUAUACUUUGUAUACUACGCGCGUGAUAUUUUCAAUUUCGUACGCGUUUGAUUUCAAAGGGAGAGAGAAAGGGAGGACACGGAGAUCCGCGCACGAAUCGACCAAAGUAUGAAUUUAUCAGGGAUGUUCCCGGCGAGAUUCUCUGCAGAGUUUCCACGUGUUGCCGAUGCCACGGCUCCUGCUUCGUGCUAAACGUUAAUGUAAAAAUACGAUUUGAAAUGACCGACUUCGAAAUUUUAUUGCAAAUUGUACAUUCCUCGAUAUUCCUUUUGUUCGUCCUGCUUUAUAUGUAAAUUCUUAUAUGAACAAAAAUUGAGAAAUUGGUUAAUCAGAUAAUGUAAAUUCCUAUGUACACUAAAAUUGAGAAAUUGGUUAAUCAGAUAAUGUAAAUUUUUAUGUAAACAAAAAUUGAGAAAUUGGUUAAUCAGAUAAUGUAAAUUUCUAUGUAAACUAAAAUUGAGAAAUUGGUUAAUCAGAUAAUGUAAAUUUUUAUGUAAACAAAAAUUGAGAAAUUGGUUAAUCAGAUAAUGUAAAUUCCUAUGUAAACAAAAAUUGAAAAAUUGGUUAAUCAAAUAAUGUAAAUUCCUAUGUAAACAAAAAUUGAGAAAUUGGUUAAUCAGAUAAUGUAAAUUCCUAUGUAAACAAACAUUGAGAAAUUGGUUAAUCAGAUAAUGUAAAUUCUUAUGUAAACAAAAAUUAAGAAAUUGAUUAAUCAGAUAAUGUAAAUUCCUAUGUAAACGAAAAUUGAGAAAUUGGUUCAUCAGAUAAUGUAAAUUCCUAUGUAAACUAAAAUUGAGAAAUUGGUUAAUCAGAUAAUGUAAAUUCCUAUGUAAACAAAAGUUGAGAAAUUGGUUAAUCAAAUAAUAUAAGAAUUUACAUGAAGUUAAACGAACGUACAGUUUUUAAUUAAAUUUUGAAACCGGUUGUGUGACCGGGUCUGGUAAAGUCAGUGUCGAGGAUUAGAAGAUAAAAGCUUUGAAGGAAAGAACGACUAUUUGUCGUACCAUAUCAACGGUGUACUUUAUCCUUCUUGUGAAUUAGUUCGUUUCACGACAUUACGGGAGAAGAACGUGAUAAGUAGACUACUGCGGAUUUUUAUGCAAAUUCGCAUCUUCAUGAAUGCUACUAAGAAAAAAAAAAAAAAAAUGAGAACCAGACAGAAAUAUGCUGCAUCCGUUGAUCGUAUUUGCGAAGAGUAUCGUACAUUCGAUAUUUUCUAUAUACUUGCGUAUUGUCCGCGCGCUAUUCUUUUCUGCGCGCUUUACAUUUCUCGCAAGGAAAAUUCGCAGUCAACGAUAGGUCAGGUUUUCCGUUUCUAUUAAAAUUCCCCCGUCGAUUUGUUUUUGCAGCUAAACAAAAUAAACGAAGCUACGUGUUCCAAAACAGAGCACAGAUCCAUCGAUCGCUAGAAUCUCACAGAAAAUCGGUUUCUUUCGUUUGUAUCGAAAUGUUAGAAUAUCAUCAUAUUAAAUUGUACCAAGACGUUCGUUUGCAAUCGUAAAAUGCCAUUAGACUUUUUAAAAAGAAUCGAUCAAAGUGUUUGCAGUCUUAUCGUGUCUUCCCUGUAAUUUUCAAUUGUUUACAAAAUUUUCUGUCUUAUGUAACGUUCAUUGUAUAAACUACAUAAAAGUGAAAUUCCCUUCUUCCAGUUGGAAACAAUUUGAUGGAAGCAGAAAUGGGAAACAAAAGUCGUAGAAAAACGGACUAACGCUUAUUAUAAUUAAUAAUAAUUGAAUAAGCUUAUUCAAAAACAAAUUGUAAAUCCUAACAAUCUUUGCAAAGCCUAAUUAUUUACUCGUUGGAAUAGCCCUUACAAUUACUUCGUUACAGUUAUCAAUAUUAUCCAGCCAUAAUUAUACCAUUUUAUUUACAUACAUUUUCAAUUUAUUCCUAAAUGUAAGAAAAUCGAGUGUUAUAAAUUCUUCGACGUUCUAGCGCUUCUUCUUUCCGCAUAUUUGUCCGCUACCAUAAAUAAGAUUUCUCUAACGAUCCUUGAAACUAUACAGCGACGAAAGCCAGGCGAACUUAUUAUACGAUCCACUACGUAUAAGCGUAAAAAUCGAAACGAAUAACAUUUACGAGACCGAAAGCAACGACUGAUAAAUUGUUGUUCUUGCGAAUUGUUACUCUACAUAACGACAACAUGCUUCGAAUAAUUGUAAGAAGAAACGAAAGAGAAGCAGAGGGAACGAAAUGCGUUUUAAAAUGUAUUUUAGACGAGGCGAGAAAACGUAUAUUCAUGAAUUUAUCAGUAAUCGAUGAACGAUUAUCCGUGAUCAACGUUACAUCGGCUUUUCUCAUCGUAAUUGCGUUUUUUCUUUUUCUUUUUUUUCACUAACUUCUAAGCUUCCGCUGUAAAAUAAAUAGGAUGUUGGAGCGUUGUUAUCGCUGUGGUAUUCAAUUUCCAGGAUUCGUUAUAAGCUAAGCUUCGAUUUCAACGAUUGGAAGAUUUCGUAUCCUGUAAAUCGAUUCGAGAUAAGCGUGAUUGUAUUUUAAGCUUCGACUCAUGGGACCCGAUAUGGACAUACGAAUAAAGUUGCUGCGUACGAUAAUCUUGUCGCUCAUUUAAAAUAAGGUUUAAAGUAAGCUUCCUUUUCUCGUGUUUAAAUAUUUGACAUUUGUUCGUAUCUUCGUUUCAUUCCAAAACUGUCUGAAAAUCUCUGUCGAUGCUUGUAGUAUUUUAUUUUAAUCCAUAGCCUCCUUAUAUUGUUUACAAUAUGUACUGUUUCAAUGUUAUUUUUAACGUUGUGUAACUUGGGCAAGAAUCAAAUUUUAAAAAUUAAACAGAGAGCGAUUCGAUGUGAUAUAAUUUUGAAUUACGUUAAUGAGCGAGCAAUAGAUGAAUACAUCGAUCAACUUAUUAAUACGGAUUAAAAUACAGAUGAUUUUUAAAAAUUUCAAUACCCAUUAGGUCCAUUAAGCGUUUCGUGCAUUAUUUUAUUUGUUGUGUUCAUAUCACGUUAUGCGAAGAUUCUCAAUGUACAUCGAAGUUUAAAAUAAAUAUUAUAUAUCAUACAAAUUCGAAACGGUUCUUCUACAAAUUUUUACACUUUUUUUUAACUUCGAUCAUUGCUCGAAAUUGAUAAACAAUCCGUGUCAAGAUAUCAAAUAAAUUUUCCAAAACUGUUCCCACUGACACCUGCUAAAUUAAAAUCCCAUUUAUCAUCAUGUACGCGAUCGAACUAAAAAUGCGAAAAUUUAAUGAAAUAUGUUUAAAAACAAAAGCAAAUGUCGACCAAUCUUCGAUCGAUAUCAAUGUUACCUACCGAACAAUUGUAUUACCUUCGUAUACGUUCCACAGCUUACUCGUGUUCGAUUCAAUUUUCAAUUCGAUACUCUGUCGUUUUUCUUCGUGUGAUAACACGUGAGACCUCAUCGCCGUCAACAGUACGAAACUACAAAAUAUGAAGCAAUAUACAAAAUACGAUCUUAUAAAUAAUUGGUUAAUUUAUUUGAUUGUUAUUAAACUACGAAGAAAUUAAGUUAUGGCGUAGUGUGUUCUAUUCGUAGCUCGUUAACAUCACCAACACGUUUGUAACAUUUCCUCGGAGCUCGUACGAGGCAUAAAAUGCUACUAUAAAAUACAAUGUGUCCCAGUUUUGUUCCCACGAAACUUUAUCGACACACAGCCAGGGAUAGAUUAUGUCGGUCCACAUUAUAAUUACAUUUUAAAAUAUUGUCCGCUAUUUAAGAACGCAGCACUGGCGUCUAGGACAGCAAAUCGAAUCUAUCGCGUUACUAAAUUUCUUGCUCACUUUCCUCGAUAGCGGCAAAUACGUCGGAAAUCCUUCGCGAUAACUCCUAACGCCAUCUUAAUUCGUCUUUAACGACCAUCUCUCUUCGUGGUUACAGCGACGAGUGAAAGUCCAUUGGCGCGAUAUCCGAUGAUCUCUGGAGCAAAAGAAUCGAUCCUCCUCCACCUCUAUCUAUUGUCGAGGCUAAUGAUCGUUUAAACAUUGCCAGCAUUGAUUGACCGAAUCAACGACCUCUACAAGUAGAUAUCAGAAACAGAUAGCGGUAAUGCUUUAUUAAUUACGCUGUGCCGACGAAACACCAGCCCCUUAUCUCCUGGUAUUUUCUUUUAGAUAACUUUAAUAAAGCGUUUUACAUAUUUCUUUGCUUAUCCAUUUUACUUGUAUGCUGGUAAAGUUUCGCGGAAAGAAACCCUUCAGGACACGACGUACUAAUUAUAUACACAAAUUUAAGUAUACGCUGUUUUAAAUUUCACUGUUUGAAAGCGAGAAUUAAAGAGUUGAAGAAUCUAAUUGUAAUGUAAAACCGGAAGUGCAGCGAAACCCAAAAGGCUGGGUCUAUGUAAAUGAAAAAUAAUAAACUAUAUGCUGUCCAAAGGGA